CUCAAACGACCUUCAUAGUUCAUCCUCGCCGGCGAACUCGACCGGCCCCCGACGGCAUAACCCUUUCUGGAUUCAUAUAUCUGUCGGCUAUCUCGCACCGCUGAAGCAGGGCAACCUCUCUUUGACCAUCUUCUCUCACUCAGUCAUCGUUGUCUUCCAUGGAAGUACCCGCCGCUAUGCCGCUUCCGACUACUCCCCCAAUUCACUGGUCUCUGUCUUCCUUCUUAACCGCUCCUUUAAGAGCAUCUCAUCCUACUCCGUUAUCCGUGUCACGAAAUACUCUCAGCGCCCCGGUUUGUCCCACCGUCCGGCUCCCUACUCUCCGCAUUUCUGCUGCUUUGUCACUGAGCACGGAAGUUACCGAGAAAGAUUCUCCGGCAGCGUUUCUAGAUCGUAAAGAAAGUGGACAUCUUCACUUCGUCAAGUAUCAUGGCCUCGGCAACGAUUUCAUAUUGGUUGAUAAUAGAGAUUCAGCAAAACCUAAAAUCACUCCCGAGCAAGCUGUGAAACUUUGUGAUAGAAAUUUCGGCAUUGGUGCUGAUGGUGUGAUUUUUACAAUGCCUGGUACCAAUGGGACUGAUUAUACCAUGAGGAUAUUCAAUUCUGAUGGUAGUGAGCCUGAGAUGUGUGGCAAUGGAAUUCGAUGCUUUACCAAAUUUAUAUGUGAGCUUGAGAAUUUACAUGGCAAGAAAAAGUUUCACUGUACACACGGGAGCUGGCUUAAUCGUUCCUGAGAUACAAGAAGAUGGAAAGGUUAGGGUUGACAUGGGUGAGCCAGUGCUGAAGGCAUCAGAUGUCCCCACAAAAUUACCAGCAAACAAAGAUCAAUCUGUUGUUAAAGGAGGUCUGGUUGUGGAUGGAAAUACUUGGAAUGUUACAUGUGUUAGUAUGGGAAAUCCUCAUUGUGUUACUUUUGGUACAGGAAGCAAGGAUUUGCAAGUGGACGAGAUAAACUUGGCAGAUAUAGGCCCAAAGUUUGAAAAUCAUGUUAUGUUUCCUGCACGAACUAACACUGAAUUUGUCCAAGUAUUGUCUCCUGCACACCUUAAAAUGCGUGUUUGGGAGCGCGGGGCAGGUGCAACCCUGGCUUGUGGAACGGGAGCUUGUGCAGUAGUUGUUGCUGCCGUGCUUGAGGGUCGUGCUUCAAGGAGGUGCACUGUAAAUUUACCAGGCGGACCACUUGAGAUAGAGUGGAAGGAGGAUGACAACCAUGUUUAUAUGACUGGCCCUGCACAAGUCGUCUUUUAUGGAUCUGUUCCUCUUUAAGCCCCCCACCCCACAGGCCUUAGGUGUAUAAUAUACUUCAUUCGAGAAUCCUAAUUUAUUAUCGCAUGAACUUAAGCUUUCAUAAAUUUUCCAACUAAUUUUCUUUACAUGGUUUCUUGAUGCAAUGCUCAACAGUCUCAACUGCUAUGAGAACAUUAGAAGGGCAUUUCUUCAGAUACUGAUGAUGUUUGUAACUUUGUAACUUAUCGUCAUUGGGUGGUUUUUUUAUGCCUUUUCCCUCCAACUACGUUUUUGAAUGGAACUAGGACAUGCGACUAAAAAAUCAACACUACUAUAACACUAUUGGAGUUAAGACAUAGUAAUGUGG